AGCCGUUCGACGGAAUCUCCACCAUCGGUAUCGUCAUCAUGAUCACCAUCUUCUCCAAUUCUCUCUCUCUAAACUAACAAGAAACUGAAACACACUUAAGAAGAAGAUGAAUUUCGAAGUUGCUUUCAUGGAAGAAUUUAGCGUGCGUUUAGGUUAAAGAAGAUGGUGUAGAGAUAGAGAGGAAAUUCAAAGAGCUUCGAUUGAAGUAUAGAUGUGUAGAGAGAGAAAGGGAGGAUUAUAGAGAGAGAUGGGGAAGUAUAUGCAGAAGUGUAAAGGAAUUGGAGAGAUUGCAGUUUCGGAGGUGGCUCAAGUCGGUGUAAGGACGAGAGCUCGAGCUCUUACAGCAAGGUCGGGAACAGCUAAGAGGAGGAAGGUCGGUGGUGGACAAUUGAAUAAGUUGUCUCCGUCACUAGUUCAACUAAGAAAUCGCGGUCAAGUUGCGCUAACACGAGACAAUUCAGUUUCUCCGGCGACGUCAGGGAAUUCCAGACGACGAACAACUGUUGCGAACAGUCGGUGCUCGAGCCCUAGCUCCGAUCACGUUCCGGCAUCUUGUUGCUCGAGUAACGGAUCGAGCUCACUCGCAGAGGAGAGUUUGAAAUUCUUAGAUCCGGAGAAGGAGAGUAUUGAGGUUGAAACAUCGACGUAUAAUUACGACCGCAGAGAAAGGAGAGAGACAACGCCAUCCAGCGGGCUUCGAGAAGAAUCAGGCGACCUGGAUUCAACGGCGAGGCCAUUCGAAGCUAAUUCUCGCCGAAGAUUGUCGGCGGAGAAGAUCAUGCCGUCGGAAACCGAACUGGAAGAAUUCUUUGCUAUCGCAGAGAAAGACAUCCAGAAGGAACAGAAGCGAUUUAUAGAGAAAUAUAACUACGACAUUGCGCAGGAUGUGCCCUUAGAAGGUCGUUACAAUUGGGUUCCAGUAAAGCCAUGAAGAAACAACACAAAUUGCGCAAGAAACGAAGAACACAAUGGGUUCUUUUUAGAAUUAGAUUUAGUAGUACUACUAAUUUUAAUUAAUGAAUUGAAGCUCUACGUCUCUCUCUUUCGCUGCUCUGGUUCAUGAUAUAAGUAUAGUUGUAUCUAAAAUUGAGAAAAUCCCUACGAAAACUCUUGAAUAAAAUGUAUUUAGCUGCUAGUUUUUAGCACUUAAUUUCAUUAAUUUUUCUUUUUUCUCA